AUGACACCCCUGAGCACAGGUAGGAUAAAGAAUAACUUACCGCAUUUCUGUGAUGAGGGAAAGAAAAUGGCGGUGGGAAAAGUGAGCGGCGAGAGCAAGGAGGAGUCCUUAAGCUUGACAGCUGAAGAGGAGGAGGUGCUCAGCAAAUUGGACAGCCGGCUCUUUGGGUUCGUGAGGCUUCACAAAGAUGGCUCCAGGACGAAGACCCUAUUGGGCAAGGCCGUUCACUGCUAUGAAUCUUUAAUCUUAAAAACUGAAGGAACUUUGGAGUCUGAUGUAUUUUUUCAAUUAGGUCACUUCAACCUCCUGUUGGAAGAUUAUCCAAAAGCAUUAUGUGUAUAUCAGCGAUACUACAGUUUGCAGUCUGACUACUGGAAGAAUGCUGUCUUUUUAUAUGGCCUUGGUUUGGUUUACUUCUACUACAAUGCAUUUCAUUGGGCAAUUAAGGCAUUUCAGGAGGUACUUUGAAAUGUUGAUCCCAGCUUUUGUUGAGCCAAGGAAAUUCAUUUGCGACUUGGGCUUAUGUUCAAAGUGAACACAGACUAUGAAUCUAGCUUAAAGUACUUCGGCCUCAGUAUCCUCUUCUGUAACUACUGUUUCAUUAACGUACUUGACCUUGAGUCAAUAUUACUUGAAUAUUGUUAG